UCGAGUACGGUGUUCGAAAAAUGACACGCAAUAGCGACGAGCCAAUAAAAAACGACGCGCAAAAACAAGAGUUUUGUAAAUCGAGUGCAAAACAUUCAUCUACUUUCGUGUAACUUGAUUCUUGUAUUGACUGUGUCCAGAUGGUUUUGUGUUAGUGAUAGUGCAAGACUAGUUUGGAAUCUGAUUGUUUUGGUGUCGUUCCAAGGCAUGACCACGGCGUGACUUCCAUGCCCUGUGUACCUACGGAAGGGCGUGCAGAUUACGUUUACUAUGAAUGGUUUUAUCUCUUUCUAAACUCGAGUAUCUGUGAAUGACCGAGUGUAACAGCGAGCGUACCAAAUUAUGGAUUGAAAAGUGUUUGUUGUUUGUAUUUUGAUAUUUGCACCGCAUUGCUGCGGAGUAAUCGCCGUUAUCUCGGUUGAAGAUCAUAGUGGUUGAAAAUAAGCAGUCAUAUGGCGCCAGGACUAUCUCGAAUACGGAUUAGUUACGCCGUUCGAUUUGUCGAGCGCUUUACUAUUUACGCACUAUUGAAAAGAGAUAGUACGUAUUUUUAGUCGCGUCAACCGAGACUAGUGACUUUCAUAACAGUUCGUAAACAACUUGAAGGUUAUUUGUGUCUGAUGCGGAGGCGCUGACAUGGCUGCGGUUUCUGAGGCUGGCGCCAUCGUGCGUCAGGGCCACCUACGAAAAUUAAAGACGAUGAAAAAGAAAUUUUUCGUUCUACGCGCGGAAACCUCGGACUGUUCUGCUAGGCUAGAGUAUUACGAGAGUGAGAAGAAGUUUAGAUCAGGUUCGGCCCCGCGCCGCGUGCUGUCCCUAAAGAGCUGCUACAACAUAACUAGAAGGUUGGACUUGAAGCAGAAGCAUGUUAUUGCUCUUUUCACUCGAGAGGAGCAGCUGUGCAUAGUAGCAGAGAAUGAGCAAGACUUGCAUGCAUGGUUGGCUGCUAUACUCAAAUUAUUCCGCAAUGAUGAUGCAAGUGCUGAACUUCUACAUCCCAUACAACACGUAUGGCAAGUGAACGUCCAGAAGAAAGGUCUUGGCGCAUCCAAGAGCAUCCAAGGUUUAUAUAACCUGUGUCUCACAGACAAGACUUUAACUCUGGUUAAGAUCAAAAGCCACAACAACAUCAUCAGCGACCUGGUCAUACCGGAACGUGUGGAGUACUCUCUGAAGAAUAUUAGACGAUGCGGUGAUUCGGAAUGUUUCUUCUAUAUGGAAGUGGGACGGCAGACGUCGACAGGUGCGGGAGAGUUGUGGAUGCAUUCAGACGACUCUAACAUCGCGCAGAGCAUGCAUUCAACUAUAUAUCAUGCGAUGAUGAACUGCGCGAAAGAGUCGGAGAAUGAAAAGGAUCAUAUAGUGGUACCUGGGAAAAGUUCUUUGCUCGAGAGUUCGAACCCACUACCCGCACGAAGACAAACCUACUCAGAUGGCAGAGGACGCGCUGGACUUUAUAACGAGAAAGGCCUCUGCGUGGGCGCGUGCAUACGGCAGUGCGUCUGCGCCUCCGCCACCUACUCCAUUGACGAUUCGGCCGCUGCCGUCCCCACUAACGCAGAAAACCAACCGCCGAAUAACACACUAACGCCCGAAAAGCAGGACCGCCCCGCGCGGCAUAUUAAACACCACCGUACAGUGUCACUCCCCGCCGGCUGUUCAGUCUUCCAGGAGCCUUUGAAGAUCGCCCACGGCAGAACUAGAUCCGAGCCUCUCACAGGGGACGAAGUAGAUCGAGCUAUCUUAGAGAAAACAGUGAUGCAUUCCUCCUGCAAAACCGUCAAUGGAACGGAUACGAUCAAGAAGAACCCAUGGUGCAGACGUGCAAGUACCGGCACAAGGUUUUCCAAACUGUCGCCGGCGCAUACUAAGAAUGUAACGGCACUUCGUAAUCGUUGUGAGACUAUGCCUUCUAGGGCUUGUUCCUCGUUCGAGUCGGACCGUCCACAAAUAACGAGGCACACUGAUGUCGUUGACGGUCUGGCUUCAUCACGCGACGACAUAGAUUCUAUAUCGGAAUGGUAUCGCACUCCGCGAAUACCGGAAGAGCCGGACGGCUGCGAAUAUAUGUUGCCUCGGGACUUUAUGAGUAUGCGCACGGGGUCCAUUGCGCAUUCUCGAACAUCGUCAAUGGGGGUGGACGACGGUGGUGACAGAGACGUGGGUGACAUACCUGACGGCUAUUUGCCCAUGGGUCCCCCGCACUUGUCCUCCUCUGCCUCCGUUUGUAGCGGGACGCCUUCCACGGAUCCACGGUUUAGCGAAUACCAACUGGAACCGGCGACGUCCCACAUAUCCGAGGAGCGAUCGACGCGCGCGUACAGCGUCGGAAGUCGGCCCGUGCGCACGGAGCGCGUCGAGCCCGCGUCGAGACUUCGAGCGUACAGUGCGGGCGCGAGACGACGCCCAGCGCACGCCAGGCCCACUGACGACCUGAUGGAGAUCGACUUCUCCGCUAAUUCACCACAGUCUAAGCCAACGAUCGCCCGAACUCCGCCAACCCAUUCAGACAUACCAAAAUCGAAACCCGUCGACGAAUACGUCGACAUGUCCCCCCGCAACGCCGGUUAUGUAGAGAUGAAGCCCGGCGAGCCGUUCACUCCCAUCCCCUCGAUCAACCCCAUCUCCUCCCCGAUGAACCCAUUGACCCCCCCGGACGGGUACGUGGAGAUGAGUUAUCGCUCUCGCACUCGCCCGAUAGCUAUAACGAAUCGGCCGUCCUAUUCCUCCCCCGAUUCGGAGAAAGCCCUCCACGGAUCGCAGACCAUUUUCCCCUUUUCCCCCGACUCCCCCCCUGAAAUGGAGCACGCGUUGAGCACCGUGAGGGAGAUUUCGGAGGAGGGGAGAGACGGAAGAGAAGGAAGAGUCGAAGUCUCCUCUUCGCCUCAAUACGUGACGUUGGCGAGGCCCGAUUGCCUCAACAAUAAUAAGACUGCCAGGAUCGAUGAAAACAGAGAGGGCGGGCGCCUUCACUACGCAGCUCUGGACCUGGAGGAGCGCACUCCCCCGGUCCCUCCCCCUCACCGCCUCUACACGCAGAUCGACUUCGCCCGCAGCGAGACAUACGCCGCCGACGCGCUCUAGCCAGAUGUGUGCACUUUGAAGUCAGCGAUCAGCCCACCGGACGCCUCCGCACGAGAACACGUACACGCGUACGUACGUAUACGCAACAAACGGGAUUAUCAAAUUUUGUUAGGAAAUUUUAAAUCACGUUGACGUCGCCAAAGUGUGUGUUCUACAGUUUUUAUACCACGUGUUACUCAAAAUCAUAAGUUCUAACUCCGUAUUCUACGCGUUGACAUUUGUAAAGACUAAAUUGUGAGAAACGUGUUGGAAUACGGGCCCCGUAAACGAAGCUAGUUUCAAUAAUUGAGAACGUGGCUUGAGCGAUGUUGUACAAAAUCUGGUUAAAUCGAAUGUUAUUUUUUUGUUAUUUUUCUGUUAUUGAUUUGAAAUAUUAAGUUUUGAACGAAAUUAAGUUAGACUCGGGUCGCUCGCUUCUGUUUAAAAUGAUACAUUUAAGUCUUUCAUGGCGACACCCGUACGGGCCGUCGAAAAGAUUGAACGCUCGUCGUCGACGAAGACCGGACCGUCGAUUCGCUGUUCGUCGCCGGACGAGUUCGCGCUUUGCGUCUGUUGAAUAUUUGUAAAAAGUUUAUGUAAUUUAGAUUUUCACAUAGCUUUCGUACGUAGGACCUAUUUGUAUAUAACGGUUUUAUAUCAAAAAUAUUAAUCGAGCCUUUUAGCCAAUGACGCGCUUCCAUAUAGGAUUUUUAUUAAAGUGUUAAAAAAAAUAUUUUUCGUAAUGCAUAGUAAAAAUACUCAUCAAUAUUUUUGAUAUAAAAUUUUCUCAAGUCGUCCCGUGGGAAAUCAAAGAUUAAUCAGAUAUCGGUUAGGAGUUGUUGUUCGAAUUAAAAAUAUUUAAAAAUACAAAGUGAACUCGACACGCGAUAAUAAACGAAUUUAUGUUCAAGUUUCACAAAUUUGGUUCAAACGUUUGUCGCGUUCACGUAAGCCACGGUUGUGAGUGAGGCCUAAUUAGUUGACAGUUACGUUCCGACGUACCCGUUGUGUUCGUAGUUACAGCUCUGACCGCGAAAUUAACGCGGACAGAUGGUCACGUAUACGUGCGCGGACGUUCGAGGCCAUUCUUAUAUUACAUGUUCUAUAUAGCAAACAAUAUUUAGAAAAUUUAUCACAAAUCUUAGUUAUUUUCAUACGGUUUUUUGUAAUAAACAGUUAGAAAAUUAAAAAAAAAGCAGAAUUGAGGCCGCAACGUGACCAUCUGUCCGGUCUCCAGUCCGUUUGUUAUACUGUUUAUAACGAGAGCCCCAUUAAUUUCCCGUUUAAUUUCUUAUGAAAAGUGGUGCUCGUUGUAUUAACGGCUCUCGGUAUAGACAGGUGAACCUGAGCCUGCCCCUCGGCCCCUUCGGCCCCUUCUGCCCCUUCGUUACCUCAGAGAUACCACCUGUGUUUAGUUCCUCGGCGUGUGACGCGUUAUUUUUUACGACACGUAUACGUAUAGUUUUAGUUCUCUCUUCUGUGGCCGACGGUGACUGUUCGUUCAACUAGUUAUGAACAAUUUUAUUUUAAUUACGACGAAACGAGGGAAAUCUGUUUGUUUGGAGUAAAUGUUCCAAAUGAAAUGCGUUCAAUUGAUUUGUAAGUUUCGAAUAUUUGAGACAAAUAAGGACGAAAUCUUUCAGAUUUAAGUCUUGUUUCUCUCUUUUCUCUCGUAAAGUUCAGGCUCAGGCUUCGUAAUGAUGUGUUCAAGAUAUUUGUUUUCAUAUUGACAGUUUUACAGGUAGGUGAUAUUGUCUCUGGUUACGUGUUACACUUGUUAUUGCGUGUUUCGUAGGUGAUGGGCGUCUGAUGUGCCGUAUUUACUUGGUUUAUGGCAAAUUAUGUGGCCAGUUUCUCGAAAUAAUUCAUAUAAUUGUCAAAUGUUUGGUUGUGCAAAUGGAAUUGCUAGUGGGACAUUUAGGUCCUUAUAUUUCCAGUACGGCAGGUUCCCCGCGCCUUGUAUAAAAUAGAUAAAAAUUCUACAAAAAUUUUGACACAAACUCCCAGUUUUUAAAAUGGUCAAUGUAAAAAUUUUGUAAAUUACAUUUCUCUGGUUAGAUUGUAAAUAAGGAUUAUUCCAGUUAAACUAAUCAAGCUUACAAAAAAUUCGUUAAAACGCCCAAGUUUGUUAAAUUGAACCGGAAUACGAAAAAUUCAUAACGUUGUAUGGUUUAUAACAGUGGAAUAAAAACCCAACCAAAAGUUUUUGCAACUCCAUUGAAUUAACAUCUAAACACCAAAGUCAGUUUAGAAUAAUGUUUCCCAA